CGAAUCCAAAACUCGUUUAUAAAUAAUAAUCACAAUGUGGCCAAUGGUUCCCUCUUCCCAUAUCUAUUUACAAAUUCAUCACUGUACUGAGAUUUGUGAAUCCUACAAUGGCCGAAUUAUCUCUUCCUCGAGACUCCUACUUUCUCGGAUUCGACAGUUCCACUCAGUCGUUAAAGGCCACAGUGUUGGACUCCAACCUCAAAAUCAUAGCCUCAGAGCUUGUUCAUUUUGAUUCCGACUUGCCCCAUUACAAAACCAGCGAUGGGGUUUACAGAGACCCCUCUGGCAAUGGCCGAAUUGUUUCACCCACCUUGAUGUGGGUGGAGGCUCUUGACCUAAUGCUUCAAAAGCUUUCAAAAUCAAAUUUUGAUUUUGCCAAGGUUGCUGCUGUUUCUGGCAGUGGCCAACAGCAUGGUAGCGUGUAUUGGAAGAAUGGUAGUUCUCAGAUACUAUCAGCAUUGGAUCCUAAGAGGACAUUGUUGGAUCAGCUUGAACAUGCUUUUUCCAUUAAGGAAUCCCCAAUUUGGAUGGAUUGUAGCACUACUGCAGAGUGUAGGGCUAUAGAGAAGGCUUGUGGAGGGGCCUUGGAGUUGGCUCGUGUAACGGGAUCGCGUGGAUAUGAGAGAUUUACUGGUCCCCAGAUCAAGAAAAUAUUUGAUACACAACCAGAAGUUUAUGACAGCACUGAAAGGAUUUCGCUUGUUAGCUCAUUUAUGGCGUCUCUUUUUGUUGGUGUUUAUGCUGCUAUUGAUCAUACUGAUGGUUCAGGCAUGAAUUUGAUGGACAUAAAGGAAAAAACAUGGUCUAAAGUAGCACUUGAGGCAACUGCCCCUGGUUUGGAGUCAAAACUUGGAGCCUUAGCCCCUGCUUAUGCUGUUGCUGGAAAUAUUGCUUCCUAUUUUGUACACAGAUAUCACUUUAACAAGGAUUGCUUGGUUGUUCAAUGGUCAGGAGACAAUCCCAAUAGUUUGGCAGGUUUGACCCUAAAUAUUCCUGGAGAUCUCGCCAUCAGCCUCGGCACUAGUGAUACUGUAUUUAUGAUCACAGAAAAUCCUAAUCCAGGAUUGGAGGGACAUGUGUUACCUAAUCCAGUUGAUGCAGAAGGUUACAUGGUAAUGUUGGUAUACAAAAAUGGGUCCCUUACCCGAGAAGAUGUGCGCAACCGUUGUGCAGAGAAAUCAUGGGAUGUUUUCAAUAAAUUUCUGGAGCAAACACAACCUCUAAAUGGUGGAAAGUUAGGUUUCUACUACAAGGAGCAUGAAAUUAUACCUCCUCUUCCAGUUGGUUUCCACCGCUAUGUCAUUGAAAAUUUCUCAGAUUCUUUGGAUGGACUCAAGGAACGGGAAGUGGAGGAGUUUGAUCCUCCAUCUGAGGUACGGGCAUUAAUUGAGGGUCAAUUUCUCUCCAUACGGGCUCAUGCUGAAAGGUUUGGAAUGCCUUCUCCUCCAAGGAGAAUAAUAGCCACUGGUGGAGCAUCAGCAAAUAAGUGCAUCCUUAGCUCAAUAGCUUCAAUUUUUGGCUGUGAUGUUUACACAGUUCAAAGACCAGAUUCAGCUUCACUUGGAGCUGCACUGAGAGCUGCUCAUGGCUUGCUCUGCCACAAGAAGGGAAGUUUUAUUCCCAUAUCAGAAAUGUACAUGGACAAAGUGGAAAAAACUUCUCUGAGCUGCAACCUUGCAGUGCAUGCUGGAGAUCAGGAGCUGGUUUCUAAGUAUGCAUCCAUCAUGAAAAAGAGAAUUGAGAUAGAGAACCGUCUUGUCCAAAAGUUUGGACGAUGUUGAAACAUCUAACUAGUUAAUUUUGUUAUCAUUUAAAUGUUAGUUUGGAGUAAUUUGUUAAUUGAAAAGUUGAACUCAUAGCCUCUUAAUUUUUUUUCUAAAUUUAUCAAAUUAAUUUUAUAAUUUUCAAAUGUUAA